UGGGCAGUAGUGUGAGACCAUGGCUGGUGUCCGCAGCUGCCUCCGGGGCGCACCUGAAGCCGAGGUCGCCUGCGGUCUGAGCCCGCUCUGAGUCUAGAUUUGGGGGCACGGAAGGGGAAGCGCACCAGAGAGGGCGCCAGGCAAAAGCGCGCAGCUCCGGGCUGGGGAUCGCGGGCCGGCCGGAUCGGCGACAGGCGGGGAGGGGACAGCCCAAACUCUCUCAGUCUCAGUCCCAGUGAUAACCUGCAGUUAUGGAGUCUCCGACCAAGGAGAUUGAAGAAUUUGAGAGCAACUCUUUGAAAUACCUGCAACCGGAACAGAUCGAGAAAAUCUGGCUGCGGCUCCGAGGACUGAGGAAAUAUAAGAAAACAUCCCAGAGGUUAAGAUCUUUGGUCAAACAAUUAGAGAGAGGGGAGGCAUCAGUGGUAGAUCUUAAGAAGAAUUUGGAAUAUGCAGCCACGGUUCUUGAAUCUGUCUACAUUGAUGAAACCAGGCGACUCCUGGAUACCGAAGAUGAGCUCAGUGACAUCCAGUCAGAUGCUGUGCCAUCUGAGGUCCGAGAUUGGCUGGCUUCCACCUUCACACGGCAGAUGGGGAUGAUGCUCAGAAGGAGUGAGGAGAAACCUCGGUUCAAGAGCAUCGUCCAUGCAGUGCAGGCUGGGAUAUUUGUGGAGAGAAUGUAUAGACGGACAUCAAACAUGGUUGGACUAAGCUACCCACCAGCUGUGAUUGAAGCAUUGAAGGAUGUGGACAAGUGGUCCUUUGAUGUGUUUUCCCUCAAUGAGGCCAGUGGAGAUCAUGCCUUGAAAUUCAUUUUCUAUGAAUUACUCACACGCUACGAUCUGAUUAGUCGUUUUAAGAUUCCCAUCUCUGCACUUGUCUCGUUUGUAGAAGCCCUGGAAGUGGGAUACAGCAAGCAUAAAAACCCUUACCACAAUCUGAUGCAUGCUGCCGACGUCACACAGACAGUUCAUUACCUCCUGUAUAAGACAGGAGUAGUUAACUGGCUGACAGAGCUAGAGAUCUUCGCUAUCAUCUUCUCAGCUGCCAUCCAUGACUAUGAACAUACUGGAACCACCAACAAUUUCCACAUUCAAACUCGAUCUGAUCCAGCCAUCCUUUACAACGAUAGAUCUGUCCUGGAAAAUCACCAUUUAAGUGCUGCCUACCGUCUCCUGCAAGAGGAUGAGGAGAUGAAUAUUUUGGUCAACCUCUCAAAGGAUGACUGGAGGGAGUUCCGGACCUUGGUGAUUGAAAUGGUGAUGGCCACAGAUAUGUCCUGUCAUUUCCAGCAAAUCAAAGCGAUGAAAACUGCUCUACAGCAACCAGAGGCAAUUGAAAAGCCCAAAGCCUUAUCCCUGAUGCUCCACACAGCAGAUAUUAGCCAUCCAGCAAAAGCAUGGGACCUCCAUCACCGCUGGACAAUGUCUCUUCUGGAAGAGUUCUUCAGACAGGGUGACAGAGAAGCAGAGUUGGGGCUUCCUUUUUCUCCUCUGUGUGAUCGAAAGUCAACUAUGGUCGCUCAGUCACAAGUAGGCUUCAUUGAUUUCAUUGUGGAGCCCACCUUUACUGUGCUUACGGACAUGACUGAGAAGAUUGUGAAUCCGGUCAUUGAAGACACUGCCCAGCCUACUGCGACAGGGCAGAGGCGCUCAAGUUUGAACAACAUCAGCUCAGCAGAUGCAAAGCGGUCAGGUGUUAAGAGCUCUGGGUCAGAAGGAAGUGCCCCAAUCAACAAUUCUGUCAUCCCUGUCGACUAUAAGAGUUUUAAAACCACUUGGACCGAAGUGGUGCACAUCAAUCGGGAGAGAUGGAGGGCCAAGGUGCCCAAAGAGGAGAAGGCCAAGAAGGAAGCAGAGGAAAAGGCUCGCCUGGCUGCAGAGGAGAAACAAAAGGAAAUGGAAGCCAAAAGCCAGACUGAAGAAGGAGCAACUGGCAAAGCUGAGAAAAAGACAUCUGGGGAAGCAAAGAAUCAAGUCAAUGGAACACGCACAGGCAAAAGUGACAACUCUCGUGGGAAAAAUUCCAAAGCCGAGAAGUCAUCAGGAGAAAAGUUGCAGAAUGGUGAUUUGAAAGACGGUAAAAACAAGUCAGACAGGAAGGAUCAAUCCAAUGUCGGAAAUGAUUCAAAGAAGGCAGAUGGCACAAAAAGGCGUUCUCAUGGCUCCCCAGCCCCGAGCACUAACUCCACAAGUAGAGUUACUUUGCCAGUCAUCAAGCCUCCUUUACGCCACUUUAAGCGCCCUGCUUAUGCAUCUAGCUCCUAUGCACCUUCAGUUCCAAAGAAAACCGAUGAACACUCUGUGAGGUACAAGAUGCUGGACCAGAGGAUUAAAAUGAAAAAGAUCCAGAACAUAUCACAUCACUGGAACCGAAAGUAG